GGCGCACCUUCGCAGCCCCACGGCGUGGGCUAUGUAAGGAUCAUUAAAUAAUCUUCUCAAAGAUGUGAGCGUGAAUCUCAAUCUAUGCUCGGUGCAUCAUACAGUAGGGCAAAUUAUUUGUUAUCAUUAUCCUAGACUCAAUGGCACGAAUCGCAGGAGGCUCGAAAGGGUGUCAUGCGUGCCGGAGGCGCAAGAAACGGUGCGACGAACAGCGGCCAUCGUGUGGUCAAUGCUUGUCGCGAAAUACUUCCUGUCCGGGCUAUUCGCGCGAGAUGAAGUUCAUCAACGUGUCCUAUCAGGGCAAAGGCCGUUCCAGUCACGAGCCACAGGAGUCUCGUUCAAAUGCCGGAGUAAACUCCGCCAAUCGAGAGGUUGAGACCCUGUCAGGCCAGGCGAUCACAUAUCGUGCGUGCAGCAGUGGGCUAUCCUCUCACGCCCUUACCCUUCAGCGCUCUGCGGUCGCGUAUUACUGUAGCUCAUACUUCCAUAACAAUGUCAUCCAGACCGGCUUAGACGUGUUCGGAAAGUCGAGUUAUAUCGACUGGAUGGCAUUUACCCCACACCUUGAUAUAGACGAGCCGAGCCUGAAGUCGGCUUUGCUGGCACUUGGAGCGGCUCGAAUGGGUCGUAUUUCCCAGGAUCCUCGUUUGACUCGGUUAAGCUCAGAAUCAUAUUCGCAAUCAUUGCGGCAUCUUCACAGAUCCAUUCAGAAUGGAACCCGGGGCCUUCGUGAUGAGACUCUGGCCAGCAUGAUGUUCUUAGCAAUUUAUGAGGCAGGAUUCCCUUCCCCAUUCGUAGUUGAGUUCGUGCUAAAAGGAAGUCCUCAUUACAGAUUAUCGAAGGAUCCUCGAGCAGAGGCCUAGGGUGGGCUAGCCAUACUCACGGGGCCCUGUCAUUGGUUCAUUCACAAGGGCUGGACACUACAUGGACCCAGGCGAGACAUAGACUGUUCGACGCAUUGCGCCUUUCUGCUGU